AUGUCGGCGGAGAAGUGGGUCUGCGAGUACUGCACGUACGCCAACUAUCCCUCGGCCAUCAAGUGCACGAUGUGCAAAGGGCAGAAGCCGCUCCUCAGCGAGGACAUCUUCCGGCUCAACCCCUCGCCGCCGCCGGCCGCCGCGCUCAUCGAGUCCUCGGCGCUGAGUCUGUCCAACUCCAAUCUCACCAGCGCCGCCGGCGGCCCGUCCACGGAGGCGCGCUGCAAGUGGCUGUGCGCCAUGUGCACGUACCAGAACUGGCCCAGGGCGCAGCGCUGCACGCAGUGUCACACCAGGCGGGACGCCGACGUGCAGAACAUGCAGGAGCAGCUGAAGGCGCUCAGCAUCCGGCGCUCGGAUCCCGAUCUCAUGGCCAGCAAUCGCUCCAGUCCCUUCGGCUCCGCCACCAAUCUCGCCGGCUCCAGGGCCAAUCUGGCGGCGGCCCGCGUGAGUCCCAGCGAGGGGCGGCAGGCGCAGGCGCUGGCGCCCAAGUGGCUCUGCGUCAGCUGCACCUUCGAGAACUGGCCCAAGAGUCUCAAGUGCUCCAUGUGCGGCCGCGGCAAGGAGCCGCCGGCCAGCACGCCGACCGAACACGCGGCGCAGGCCACGCUGGCGCCCCCGCAAACGCCUCCCGGCGGCCUCCCCGCCUCGCCAGAGCGCGAUCUCAGCGCCGAGGAGAACUGCGUGGCCACGAAUGUGGUGAACAGUGGGAAGCGCGGCCAGGCGCGCUGUCUGGAGGCGGCCAACAACUGUGACGCACACCAGGAGCGGCGCCUGCGGCAGCUGCGGCGGCAGGCGGACUGGAACUGGCUGAACGCGUGCAUGGGCGUUGUGGAGAACAACAUUGGCGCCGUGGAGACGUACUUGGCGUGCGGCGGCAAUCCCGGACGCUCGCUCACGAUCAACGAAGUGACGCUGCUGAAUCGGAACUCGGCCUUCGAUGUCGGCCACACGCUCAUCCACCUCGCGAUUCGCUUCCACCGCGAGGAGAUGCUGCCGAUGCUGCUGGCGCAGAUCUCUGGCUCUGGGCCGGGCAUCAAGCGGGUGCCGUCGUAUGUGGCGCCAGAUCUCGCGGCGGACAUCCGCCGGCACUUUGCCGCCUUCCUGCGAAUACGCAAAGGUGCUUUCAAUUGUCACUACGUGAAUGAACACGCGACUUUUGCACUGCCAGCUGACAUUGAGGAGCUGCCGCUGGCCAUUCAGGAGCAGCUCUUCGAUGAGCUCCUCGAUCGCGAUGCCCAGAAGCAGCUGGAGAAUCCACCGCCGGCGCUCAAUUGGUCGCUGGAGAUCACGGCGCGCCUCGGAUCGCGACUGAUGGUGCUGUGGAAUCGCAGCGCCGGCGAUUGCCUCCUGGAUUCCGCCAUGCAGGCCACAUGGGGUGUCUUUGACCGCGACAACGUCCUCCGGCGCGCCCUCGCCGACAGUCUGCACCAGUGCGGACACUUAUUCUAUCCGCGGUGGAAGGAGUACGAGAUGAUUCAGGCGUCACUGCUGCACUUCACACUCGCCGAGGCGCAGUGGGAGGAGGAUUGGAACAGUCUGCUGUCGCUGGCCAGUCAGCCGGGCUCGUCGCUUGAGCAACUGCACAUCUUCGCCCUGGCGCACAUCCUCAGGCGGCCCAUCAUUGUGUAUGGCGUGAAGUAUGUGAAGAGUUUCCGGGGUGAAGACAUUGGAUAUGCUCGAUUCGAGGGACUCUAUUUGCCAUUCUUGUGGGAACAAAGCUUCUGCAUUCGGUCACCCAUCUCGCUGGGAUACACACGUGGACACUUCAGUGCCCUCGUGCCGACUGAGCCCUACUCAAGGAUCGACGGGGCGCGUGAUGAUGCGGAGGAUGUGACAUUUCUGCCUCUGAUGGAUUGCGAAAUGAAACUCUUGCCAAUUCACUUUCUCACAGAAUCCGAGAUGGGCCGGGAGGAGGCGAUAAUGCGACAGUGGCUGGAUGUCUGCAUGACGGAGGGUGGCCUGAUGGUGGCGCAGCAGCGACUCCACAAGCGCCCGCUGCUCGUGGCCCAAAUGCUGGAGGAAUGGCUGAAUCACUAUCGGAGAAUUGCGCAAGUUAUUUCCGCACCAUUUGCACGCCGACCACAACUUACCGGAUAUCUGAGUGACGGUGAUACGGAUGAGGAGUAGAAAAUAGCUGAAUUCAUAAGUUUCUUUUUUCGCGAAUUAAAUCUACUUGCGAUGAAUUACUUGUCGAAGGUGAAUAUAUUGCUAAUUAUUGCAAAUAAUAUUAAAUGUAGUCACGAAAGGGGGAGAAAGAGAGAGAGAGAGAGAGAAAAUUAUAUAAAAGAAGAAGAGGAGAAGAUGUAAAAUGUUGCAAAAGAAUAUCAAUUUAUUUGAACACCACUUAAAAGUUUUAACCAAAUAUUUAACAAUAAUCAAUUUUAAACAAGAAAAAAAGAAAGGAAAGGAGAAGAAGUGAAUGGAAAAAUUGAAUAAACGAAAUUAUAUAUAUUUAGAUGAUCAAUUUGAAAAUUGCUAAAUGAAAAAAAACUCUAGGUAUUUGUAAAAUAGUGAUGAAAGGGAGAAACAAGUGCGGAAGAAAGUCCCGAAGAAGAUCUUUACUUAAUUCUUGCAAUUUAAUUAAUUAUAUAUUUUCAAAAGAAAUAAAAAAAAUGGGGUGAAAACAUGAUUCUUAAAAGGAAUAUAUUAUAUGAAAAGGAAAAGAAAAAAAAACAACUACAAAUUUGUGUGAUAAAUCAUACCUUAUAAUGAAUUAUUUUAGGUGAAGAAAAUAACAAUUAAAAAAGAAGAUUAAGAAAUAAAAAAAAAA